AUGUCGUCGGGGUUUGGCUUCAAGGGCGGGGAAGGCCGGUGCUACCAGUUCUGGAAGAGCGUCGAGCAGUGCAGUAAAGAUACGGAGGUGUCUGGACAGUGUGGAAAGCAAGUUGAGGACUAUCUGGAGUGCCUCCACCACCGGAAAGAGUUGACACGCAUGAACGUGGUCAUCGCUCAGAAAGAGAAGGAGGAGGCGGCGGCGGCGGCUGCCGCUGCGACACGUCACGGUGGCGAUCAGGGACAUGGAGGUGGUCAUUGA